AUAUUAGAUGCCGUAGAGAUUUGUAAGUAUUCUAGGGUUAUAAUAAAUGACUACUGGGCUAAUUUCUUUAGGGGCAAACCGAAGAAGGGUUAAGGAUCCUUGGGGAGGAAACACAAACCCCUCAAGUGAAGCGUCUACCCCGACUGGCAAAAGGCGGCGGACAUCUACCGAUGAGUCUCAGUCUGUAAUAGAUCCUAACUCACCGUCGCUAUCAGCUAAGAAGGUCCGAUCCCAGGUGGCUAUUGAUAACUGCCUCCAGAGAGACUCCCAAACGUGUGUUAUUACACACGCUGACCAAGUGGUGGAAGCAGCCCACAUAUUCCCAUUUAGCCUUGGGAACAGUCUCCGAGGGGAAUUCUGGGCAUCUCUUCGAGCCUUCUGGACAGCAGAGCAUGUUAAACAAUGGGAAGAUGCUAUAUUGGGAGGUAAUGGGACCGAAAAAUGCGAAAACCUCAUCACGCUCUCUCCUAGCGCGCAUGCCUAUUGGGACAGAUGCCUCUUUGCGCUCAAGCCACGCCCUCCCUCCGCAGACAUGAAGACGAUGGAGGUAGAGUUCUUUUGGCUACCGGCGAAUAAACGCAAAGAUAUCGCGCUAUAUACGAUCCUCACAUCUCGGCCUGAUCUGCGGUCGGAUCUUAAUUCAACGGGACGGUGCGUUAAGCUGUUAAAUGGCCAUACAGAUUGUCUGGUCAAGUCCGGCGAUGUGAUAACUUUCAAGACUCAUAACCCACAGACCCAUCCUUUGCCGUCCUACCAUCUGUUACAGAUGCAGUGGGUCCUGCAUAGGAUUGCUGCUAUUCGUGGGGCUGCAGAUAGUAUUGAAUAUGAUGAUGAUGAAGAUGACGAUGAAGAUGACGAAGAGUAGACCAGCGAGGAGUCAGGGGUUCUAUGGAGUUCAUUUGAGUAAGGCCCUGCUGGAGUCAAAAUGAAAACCAUGACCUGCCGCGGCCAACCACGAAAUGCUGAGGUGCGAGUAUCACGGUGGUUCGCUGUGAAAUCAGAACGGUAUAAGCAACGCCCAGAAAAACAACUGGGGGCUUCCAUAGUAGUAGAACUAGAACAAAAGAAGCAAAUGCCCAAAAGAAAACAACAUAGGUUCAUGUGCAGUCUGAGUGAGCGAACUAACUAAUG